AUGACAGCUCCCCCAAAACUGUCGGCCUGCCUGGCAGGCUUACCCGUCGAGAUUCUUCUUGAUGUAUACCAGCAUCUAGACGUACAGUCCAUUUUUGAGCUGUCACUUACUAACUCGGAAUUCUUCAUCUUUUUUCAACGACACAAGAUUGACAUCCUUCUACCUGUUCUCAUGCGGGAUUUUAGUCCUUUCGAUGAGCUCGUCCAAGUGUAUACUGCGACGGUUGAUGAUAUUGCCGGUGGUGGGCUGUACAGGCCGAGGAAAGUGGUAUUUAAGAGGUAUUUCGGCGAUAAGGGGGUAGUUCUGAGUAAGGAAAUGCCUGCGUCCAGCCUGUCCGAUCAUGUUGCGAGCAGCAGAUUUACGGAGGUCACCAAUCCUCGAAGCAUGUUGAAACCAUCAGAUUUGACCUCGGAUACUGUUAUCUUGACCGGGGCCGAUAUCGAUGGCCUACUCAAGAAGUGUCGACUGGUCCAUGAGUGGGAAGAAUUGUUUCCACAAAUGCGAUGGUUUCACCAACCUGAAGACUGUCGUCUCCUUCGCCCUCACGAGCAAGUACGAUUUCGAAAGGCACUAUACAGGUGGUGGCUCUAUGGCAUCUAUUUUCAUGGCGACUUCCCUCGCCCGCGAGUUGGACAUCCCGAGCCCUUUGUCGACGACAUUCGCACAAGCCAGAUGCGUUACCACUCAACUGCCGAGUUGGUGGAAUUGAUGGACCUCCUUGAAACUGUAAAAGAUGUUAUCUUGCAAUAUAUUUGUCCUCGACUAGAUCCGAGCCAACAACAGACUUUGAUACAAACUUCAUUGGUCGAGGAUGUUGGGAGGAGUCAGUCUCUGGCUACGAGCUGGAGCGACCAAAGCCACUGGGGUCGAAUUGUCAAAACUUACGUAAAGCUCGGGCCUGAGGACCUGCUGUAUUAUUUCAAGAACAUUUACAGCUAUCCACGGAAACGACUCAUCACGGAAAUCCAGCUGCGAUAUCCGAGCUUCACGUUCGAUCAAGAGUCAAUUCAGAUCGCCGUUCGGUGUGCUCUAGAUGAGAGAUGUUGGUUAGAGAAGAAGGUCAUUUUGGCAGAGCAUCGUUCCGGAGGCAUCGUUGAUUUUGACGAUGACCGAGAUGACGAUCGGCUCAGGUUGCAAGGCGAUGCAAGUCCCACUGGGCAGUUGCCAGGCGGGUCAAAAUUCAGACAGUCAUAUUCGCGCUAUUCGCCUCGUGGCGAUGACGGUGCGCUGCUGGAUGACUAUUUGCGUCUCUCGGCAUUUGAUUCCCGGUUCACCGCGUCAGCAUUUUUGGGCGCCGUCAAUUGA